AUGGAACCAAUCCUUAAGGGCUGGUUAACUAAAUCUCCCCCUGAAAAGAAAAAGUCUUCAGGACACUGGAAUCUGUUUGGCGCGAAAUGGAAACGAAGAUUCUUUGUGUUGUAUGCACCACCAAUGGCUUUAGGUAUUGUUGAAUCUAGAGGGGCCAUGCUGGAAUAUUACUCCAGCAAGAAACUAAACACCAAAGUUGGUAUAAUAAACUUAGAAGACUGUGAUGAAGUGCUUUCCAAUCUUGAUUCUGAUACGUACAAAAACGUUUUUAGUCUUCAUACAAAGCACAAAGGUAAAGAACGGACUUAUUAUUUAGUGGCUGACACUGAAGAAGAGAUGAACAACUGGGUUGAUCAACUCUGUAGAGUGUUGGGUCUACUUGAAAAUGAUGAGAGCAAAUUGAAUUUUUCUCCAGAAGGUAGGCAGUAUAAGCCAUAUACAACAACAACUCCAAAACCUAUUCCGAAUUUUCAAUCUCAUCCUAGCCGUAUUAUUUCUCAAGGAUCCUCUGUUCCUAAUUCAGCGUUAGGAUCUCGUUUAAAUUCGUCUGAACCUAAUUUACUUAACCAAGGAAUAUUUUCAAUGGGUCAACGACCCUUAUCCAAUAUGCCACAAAUGACCAAUUAUCAUAAUGAUGAUUGCUUAAAUUUGGAUCUUAGCAAUAAAAAAUUGAAAGCCACAUCAAGUUUUCCUGAUAUUGAUGUUUUGCCAACAGAAGAUAUGUCCCUGUUUUUAGCUUCUACUAUUAAACCAAGAGAAAAGACAGAAUUGCCUCCAAUUCCUCCUGACAAAACUCGCAAGUCCUUAGAAUGUUUAAAUUUUUUUAGGGAUGAUAAUGCAGCAAUGUCAAAUUUAAAAAUAACUGAUGGAGAUACAAGUUUUAUGGGUCCUCCCCCACCAAAACCUCCAAAAGAAAAGAAAAGUGCAAUCAAGGUAGAUGAAGCUGGUUUAUCUUUACUUUCAAAGGCAACCAAUUUAGAUGAAACUGAUAAUACAAAGCUUAAUUUUACUUCAGGAAAAAAUUAUGACAUUCCUAAAGAAUUAAGUUAUGAUUCACCAGCAAACAUGAAAAGUUUCAGCAGUAUUGACGAGGAUGAGGAUGAAGAUGAUGAAAUUGUUUACAAUACUCCUAAAUCUUUUUUCACUGAUAAUAAACAGCAAAAUCAAACUCUCCAAAAUGAACAACACCAUCCAGUGCAGCAGCAGCAGCAGCAUGAACAAGUUAUGAAAGAACCACCUCGACCAGCAUCUAGAAAGAGCAUCAUCAACAGAAAUCAUAAACCUUUGAACAGUUCAAGCAUUCAAACCAAUCAUAAUGUAGAUAGUUUUUAUGAAGCUCCAAAAAAACAGGCCUCCAUAGUUACUAGUGUUAAUGAUGAUUUCUAUAAUGUUCCAAAACCUAAUGCCGGCAAUGAUUUUUAUGAUGUUCCCCAGAAGCACUAUACCUCCGAGCAGCACACAAAGCCUGAUACACUACCCUACUCUGCUGAAAUCCUUGAUGCAGUCAAUUCCUCUAAAGAAACAACAUCCUGCACACUUUCAACACCAUCAACGACUUCAUCAUCUGCCUGUCCACCCGUGUUCAAACCUGUUCCUGCAAGAAGAACAAAAUUAUCACCCGGUAAUCCAAAACAAGAAGAUGAAGCGUCUACGAAAGUGACUAAACAAGAAUCUUUGAAACCGUCCAUUCCUUUGAAGCCUUCUACAUCAAAGAAGGGAUCAUCCAAGCAAGCAAUUGACCAGUCAGCUCAGUCAACAGCACCUUCAUCAGAAACGUCGCCAGUUUCAACGGCUCCGUCAUCAACAACUGUGCAGUCCUUACAUUCCACAACGCAACCACAUACUACAUUGAAAAUCUUUGCACCCACUCAACCUACAAACAGUACAAGUCCCAAAAAAGGUCCAACUACAACUCUCAUCCACGAAUCCAUUCGAUUUACUCAAAGGUCCAAAAGCUUUAAGAGAAGUGUUACUGGCCACGAUGUAAUGCCUACCCACCUGCCAGUGAAGAAGUUGGACAAAUGCUCAUCAUCAUCUGAUGACAUUGUCAGUGAUGAGGACUGAAAAUGGUGGGCAGCUUCUUACUCAUCAUGUUUCAAUGUUGGGCUAUGAACUAAACGUUAACCUGACAUCAUGAUGAUGAAGACGAUAAUUUUAUUAAAUAAAAUAAUGGAUUAGCGUAACAAAAAUAAUUUUUCGUCUAUCUAUAUACACCAGACUGAAUACUGAAAUUAAGUUUUUAUUAUUUAAAAAAAUUCAUCCGUAUUUUCUUUUUGAAGUAAUUUGAAGUAAUUUUAUUAUAGUGAGUUCGAUUUUUGCAUGAUAUAGUCCGGUGCAGUUAAAAAAUUUUAAGGCCAUAACGACAAAAUGUUUAAAGCGAACUAUGGAAUAAAAAGAAAGCUAAUUGUUUUAGACAAAUGCCAGGGACCUGA